CACUUCCGGUCCAAACCGGAAGACCAUGAGUGGCCGUGGUGGGGCUGAGUGCUGGAUCUGCGGUUCUACCUGAGGUUUCCCUCCUGGUGUCGGGGUCGGGCGAGCUUCACGCCGCGGCCCAUUUUCUUGAAGAUCACAACCGGACCCGGGCCACAGUCUUGCUCAGUCACCCAGGCUGGAGUCCUGUGGCAUGAUCUUGGCUCACUGCAACCAGCGCUUCCCGGAUUCGAGCGAUUCUCGUUCUUCAGCCAUCCGAGUAGCUGCGAUUACAGGAACCCUGGCGCCCCUUACCACCUUCCAGUCUCUCGAGGCGGCCAGCGUGCUGCUUGAUCCUUGUUCCCAAGAUGGACUUUCCCAGCUCCCUCCGCCCCACAUUGUUUAUGACUGGCCCCCUUGGUCUGAACGAUGUCUCUGACCUGUCCUUCAUGUGCAGCUGGCAAAAUGCGCUGACUCUGCCAGAGGCCCAGCCCCAGAACUUGAAGAAUGGGGCACUGCAUGUGACCAAGGACCUGCUGUGGGAGCCGGCGACCCCUGGGCCUCUCCCCAUGCUGCCUCCCCUUGUCGAUCCCUGGGAACCUGGCCUGACUGCCCAGGACCUGCUUUUCCGAGGAGGGUACAGGUAUCGGAGGCGACCCCGAGUUGUGCUGGAUGUUACUGAGCAGAUCAGCCGGUUCCUCUGGGAUCAUGGAGACGUAGCCUUUGCACCACUAGGGAAGCUGAUGCUGGAGAAUUUCAAGCUGGUGGGAACAGGGAGCUGCACUAAGAAGACGACAGUGGUCAAUGUGAAGAAGCUGCUCCAGGACCUCGGUGGACAUCAGCCCUGGGGGUGUCCCUGGGCUUACCUCAGCAACCGACAGCGCCGCUUCUCCAUCCUCGGGGGCCCCAUCCUGGGCACGUCGGUGGCCAGCCACUUGGCAGAGCUGCUGCAUGAGGAGCUGGUGCUGCGAUGGGAGCAGCUGCUUCUGGAUGAGGCCUGCACCGGGGGCGCGCUGGCCUGGGUGCCUGGAAGGACACCCCAGUUCGGGCAGCUGGUCUACCCCGCUGGAGGUGCCCUGGACAGGCUGCAUUUCCAAGAGGUCGUUCUGGCCCCAGGUGACAACCCCCAAUUCCUUGGGAAACCUGGACGCAUCCAGCUCCAGGGACCUGUCCGGCAGGUGGUGACUGGCACCGUCCAGGGAGAAACUCUGCUUGCUGUCCGCUCUGACUACCACUGUGCCGUGUGGAAGUUCGGUAAACAGUGGCAGCCAGCUCUUCUGCAGGCAAUGCAGGUGGACAAGGGGGCCACAGGGAUCAGCCUCAGCCCUCACCUGCCGGGGGAGCUGGCCAUCUGCAGCCGCUCAGGAGCCGUCUGCCUGUGGAGCCCUGAGAAUGGGCUGCAGCAAGUCUACAAGGACCCCGAGACCCUCGUGUUCCGGGACUCCUCUUCCUGGCGUUGGGCAGACUUCACCGCCCACCCUCGGGUGCUGACUGUGGGUGACCGCACUGGAGUGAAGAUGAUUGACACUCAGGGCCCACCAGGCUGUGGUCUGUUGCUUUUUCGUGUGGGGGCAGAGGCUUCAUGCCAGAAAGGGGAACGUGUCCUACUCACCCAAUACCUGAGGCACUCCAGCCCUGAAUGCCUCCCUCCCACUCUCCAUCUCGUCUGUACCCAGUUCUCUCUCUACCUAGUAGACGAGCGCCUCCCCCUGGUGCCAAUGCUGAAGUGGAACCACGGCCUUGCCUCCCCGAUCCUGCUGGCCCAGCUGCUGCCUCCGCCCCAGCCUGGCUGUGUGCAGCCUCUGCUCCUGGGAGGCCAGGCCGGGCAGCUGCAGCUGCUGCACCUGGCAGGAGAGGGGGUGUCGGCACCCCGCCUGGCAGGGCCCCCCCAGUCUCUUCCUUCCAGGACCGACUCUCUCCCUGCAUUUCCUCUGCUGGAGCCUAAGAUCCAGUGGCGGCUGCAGGAGCGUCUGAAAGCUCCGACCAUAGGUCUGGCCACUGUUGUCCCGCCUUUGCCCUUGGCCUCCACACCAGGCCUGGUGGUCUUCCAGCUCUCCGUGGCGGGAGAUGUCUUCUACCAGCAGCUCCGCCCCCAGACCGACUCCAGCCCCCACAGAGAUGCCCGGCCUCCCAGCGACACCAGACCUGACUGCCAUGCCCCAACGGCUUCCUGGACCCCCCAGGACACUGCUGGCUGUAGCCAGUGGCUGAAGGCCCUACUAAAGGUGCCGCCAGCUCCUCCUGUGUGGACAGCACCCACCUUCAACCACCACCACCUGCUGGGCAGCAUAGAGCUGCAGAGGGAGGAAGGGGCAGUGCAGCAGCUGGGCGUGCUGCGAGAGGCCAUGGCCCAAGGUCGGCUCCUGCUGCAGAGAGACCUGGGCUCCCUCCCCAUGGCAGAGCCACCCCCUGCACCCGAGUCAGGCCCAGCAGAUGAGCUCAGUGAGCGCCUGGGGGAAGCCUGGGCAGGCCGAGGGGCUGCCUGGUGGGAGAGGCGGCGGCAGGUCAGGACCUCAGGGCCCAAGAGACAGCCCAGGCGACCCAAGCGCCGGACCCAGCUGUCGAGCACCUUUUCAUUCAGUGGCCAUGUGGACCCCUCAGAUGGCACCAGCCCCCCUCACAGUCCUGAAGGGCCACCUGCUGGUGCUGUGCCUCGGUCCCCCAUGACCUCGCCGUCCCAGGAGUUGACUCCAGAUGCAUGGGUCCAGGGCAUCCCCUCAGAGCGGCGGCAGACCCUCCGUGACUACAUGGCCAAGCUACCACUCCAAAGGGACACCCCAGAACAUGCUGGCACACCCCCCUCCUCCCAGGCCUCCAGCACCCGGGCCACCCACUCCCGGCAGCACACACCCAUCCUCUCUGGCUCUCAGCGCCCCCGGAAAAAGCCUCGAAUGGGCUUCUGAGGACACAGGGUGGGCUGCCUCCAAGCCCCAGGAGCCCUCAUCCUUCUCCACAGUUGAAACUUGAGAAGCAGAGCUCAGCACCUCUGGAGGUGGCUGUGAUGAUAAGCCAAGCAAUUUGGAGCCAAGGGAUAGGGCAACAGAAUGUAAUAGUUUUUUCUAUUUUAUAUAUUCACCUGGAGAUCAUUCCAAAAGGCAGCUUCAGGAGGUCCUGGCGGGCCUGUGUUGCCGGGAUUCCAGUCUGUGCUGGUAGGCAGGGCUCCGCUGCACUCCAGCAAGUGGCCUCAGACAGGUCCCUCCGUUCUUGUGCCUUCCGUCCUCCAGUGAAAAGGGGGCAGUAGUGCUGCCUCCUCCUUGUGUUUGGUGAGGCCCCUGCAGAGCUGCUGAUGAGGCGGGCACAGUGGCCAUCGGCAGCUGCCGUUUGGGGUGUUUCAGCCUCUCCCGAGAUCGGAUUUUUUGUACAGGGAGACACCUUGGAUCCCGGUUCAGGGAUUGAAUAAACUUGUCAGCUGGACAUGAA